CGGAGCUAAGCGAGAGGAGCAGGCUCCCGACUUCUGGGGCGAGCAGAGCCCGGGCGGCUGCUGGCGGCGCUGGGCGAGGCUCGGGCAGAGGCUGCGGGCGGGUGGCGGAGGCGCAGAGAUGGUGAAGAUCAGCUUCCAGCCCGCCGCGGCCGGCGUCAAGGCCGACAAAGCGGACAGGACUGAGGCCGCAGCCCCGGCUGCCGGCCCGGCCACUGAGAUCCUGCUGACCCCGGCCCGGGAGGAUCGGCCCCCCUGCCACCGCCACAAGAAGGGGGGCUCAGUGGGCGGCGCUUGCUACCUGUCCAUGGGCAUGGUUGUGCUGCUAAUGGGCCUGGUGUUCGCCUCUGUCUACAUUUACAGAUACUUCUUCCUGGCUCAGCUGGCCCGUGACAACUUCUUCCACUGCGGCAUGUUCUACGAGGAUUCGCUGUCGUCGCAGGCGCGCACACGCAUGGAGCUGGAGGAGGACGUGAAGAUCUACCUGGAGGAGAACUACGAGCGCAUCAACGUGCCGGUGCCCCAGUUUGGGGGUGGAGACCCUGCCGACAUCAUCCAUGACUUCCAGCGGGGUCUCACUGCCUACCAUGACAUCUCCCUGGACAAAUGCUACGUCAUUGAGCUCAACACCACCAUCGUGCUGCCCCCCCGAAACUUCUGGGAGCUGCUCAUGAAUGUGAAGGGGUCCAGAAGCGAGAAGCCAAGAACUGCAGCUCCAUCCGCCACUUUGAGAACAUCUUUGUGGUGGAGACGCUCAUCUGUGGGAUGGUGUGAGGGCCCUCCAUCUCCAGGCCCCACCCCUGCUCCCCCCUUUCUUCCAGCCAUUCUCUGGCCCUUGCCCCUUGCUUUGCUUGUACUUGGACCCCUUCCCAUAGAUGUGACAUCGUCUCUGUCCCUUGGCCCUGCCCACCUCCCUGUACCAGAGCUGUGACCUCGAGAGACUCCUCCACUGCUGAUCUGGAUGGGGGGGACUGCAGGGGAACCCCAAGAUGUUUUCUAUGUCCACUAUCUUGAAGUCAGGCUGGCAGGGGAAGGACUGCAUCUAGGGUCCCUGGGCAGGCCGAGUGUGAAGUGCAGGGAUUAGAGACACCUGUUCAGUGUGGAAGGUCCCGAGGGGGUUUUUCCUGGCAGGGCACACUGCACCCCACGUCCUGAUUUCAGCGUCUGCACUGAGGCAGGGGGGAGGUUUCUGAGAUGGACACCCCCAGAGCACUAGGGGAGGUGGUUGUCCUGCGGUGUGGGUGUGGGGAUCCCCAGGACUCCUGUCAGUGCCUUGAGCACCCCCAGUGGGAAUUUGGAGUUGGGGGGCAGGGGUGAGGUUGCAUCUGUUAAGCACAACUGAUCUCGAUUGGAACCAAAGAAGGAAGGAGUCUGGGCCCCAGCCUGCCUUCCACCCCUGGAGCACAAGUGGGACCCCUGUAACUGCAGAGAAAUAAAGGGUGAGCUGAGUGGGAGUGACCCUACCACUUACUCCGGACUUGGAGCCCUGUGCAUAGUGGGGGAGGGAAGAGAGACGCCUGGUACAUGAGCCCCCACCUCCUCUCUGUUCUGAAAUGCUGUCCUCCUCCACUUUGGGGUGGGGAGGGGGGUGCAGUGUGUCUCGUUUUGUUUUUUUCCUUUUCCUUCUCACGUUUGCAUGUUUUUACUGAUUGUUCAAUAUGCUAACCGUUUUCAGCCCACCUUCCCCAGCCCAGUAAGGAGGGCUCCGAACCUUAGGGGUCCCAGAGGGAAAUCUGAAAUGCUUUGUAUAUUUUCUCACGAUCUCUUUGCAGAAGUGUCUGUAGAACAAUAAAAAUCUUGUACUUCUGA